AUCUUUCGCUUUUCGCCUCGAAUUUGUACAGUAUUCCUUUUCGCAAUGACCGAAGAAAAACAGAGUGCACCUCGGGCUUCAGAACAGACGAAGCCGAACAUAGAGCUAGCAGCGCGCCGAGAGCAAGGCAAGCUGAUCAAGGUUCUGCUGGCAGGAAGUGCGCUGCGGUUAAUUAUCAUGCUGCUGUUCCCGCAAUUUGUCGAGCAGCAUUUGGCUGGACGCGUCGAGCUGUCGACGCCAGUCACCAGCUACAAGCGGCUGGUCGAGGGACUGUAUCUGAGCAGCCAUGGGGUCUCGCCGUUCGAUGGGGGUGUGUUCCACCAGUCGCCGCUUCUGCUGCUGCUGUUCAAAAUCCCGUACUACCUGCCAGAGAUCGUUACGAACUUGGUCUUCAUUCUGGCUGAUGCUGCAGUUGCUCUUGUUCUGGCCAAAAUCACAGGUGCACGCCACUCGCUCCCGCAGUUCUCGCAGCGCGCCGGUGUCCCGGGCGAGCAGGCGUUUGCGUGUCCGCCAUCAGUGGUUGCAAUGCUGUAUCUGUUCAACCCGCUGAUGAUCGGGACAACUGUGGUCAAAUCGACGAUUGUAUUCAGCCAUCUCGCAGUUGUGCUGGCGCUGUAUAUGGGCAUGCACGGAAAAAUCAAUGCCUCGGUAGGCUGGGCAGCAGUGGCCGCACAUCUAUCGCUGUAUCCGGCAAUGCUGGUCGUGCCAAUUGCGCUGAUGGCGGGCAAGCGCCAAAUGCUCCGCUCAGCAGUUGUGCAGACUGUGGCCAAGUUCGCCGUAGCGGUUUUGGCCCUACACGUGGCAUUUACCAUGGCGUUUGGCAAGCAGUAUUUUUUGGCGACCUUUGACUUCACGCUGCGGGUGGCCGACUUGCAGCCGAACGUCGGCCUGUUCUGGUACUUCUUCAUCGAGAUCUUCGACGAGUUUCGGUCUUUCUUCUUUGUCGUUUUCCAGCUGACAGCACUUGCAUUUGCGGUGCCCGUAUCAUGGCGGUUCCGGCGCGAGCCCGUGUUUGGCGCCAUCAUGCUGGUGGGCGUGAUCAGCGCAUUGAAGGCAUAUCCGUCGUGGGGCGAUUUGGCGCUGUUCCUGGGUCUGCUGCCGGUGUAUGAGGAGUUGUUCAAAUACCUGCAGUACUCGUUCCUGUUUGGAAACCUGCUGAUGUACGGGAUUGGUCUUGCACCAGUAUUUUGGCACCUGUGGAUCGAGCAGGGCAGUGGCAAUGCCAAUUUCUUCUAUGCAGCAACGCUGGUUUAUGAGUUUGGACAAAUUACCAUGCUGUUUGACUUUGGCAGCGCCAUGCUUCGCCGCGAACUGGAUAUCAGCGAGCCCGAGACCCGUACCCACGCAGUGAUUCAAGAGUAGUGGUUGGUUUGCAAGAUUCGUCCUAUUCCUUCAUCAUAUCCGUACAUGAGGCACAGUUCACUAUUAUUAGCGGUCGUUUAAACGCUGUUUUGCUUGAUAUCGUCAAGUACGAAUCUGC